ACGAACUUAUGUUAAUCUGUAACUACUAACUAGUUCGUGGUGGUAUUGAAUAGUAUUAGGUAUUAAAAAGUUCGCAUUAGAUGUAUUGAAUAUUUAUUUAUUUAUUUUUUAAUAUCUUACAUAAUUAUAUCAAUAUAUCAUAGCUAUUAUACCUGAAGUAUAACAUAAUUAUAGGCAGUACAGUUAUGGUAUUCAAUAUUGACCUUUAAUUUAAUAAAUAAUAAUUAUGCUACAAUCAUUAUUAUGAGUAUAAUCGAGUACACAGUUUAUAGGUUCAAUGUAUUUUAUUUCACUGUGAAAAAGACAAUUUUCUAAGAUACUUAUUUUUUUGAUCAUUUUAUGCUAAAAAUAUUUAAAUAAUUAUAUGUUACAAGCAACAUGGAUAUUGUAACACAUAAUAUAGCUAAAUUUUGUUCAUUGCCAUCUUCAUAUAUUGUUGGAGUGACUGCAGCUAUUGGUUUUAUGAAUUAUUAUUUUAUGUUUGCAGUUAAAGCACCCAGAAUACAUUGUAAAGAAGGUGAAUUUAAAAAUUUUAUUCGUAAAAAUGUUCCAAUUAUCAAUGAAAAGUAUUGGCCAACAAUGUGGUGUUUUGAAGCUAGAUUUCAAAGUGUAUUAGCAAGUUUGAUACGAUCAUUUGUAGUUCCUCCAGCACCCUAUACUAGAGAAAUAUUUACAUUAAAGGAUGGCGGUGAAGUGGCAUUGGAUUGGCUGGAACCAAUAAAACGUUCAGUCGAUAUGUAUGAUGCAACAAUUUUGUUUUUACCAGGAUUAACAGGUGACAGUAAAUGUGAGUAUGUAAGAGCUACAUCAUUGGCUGUGCAGAAAUCUGGAUUUAGGAUUGUUGUUUUCAAUUAUAGAGGAAUUGGUGGUAUUGAAUUGAAGACUCCAAGAACUUAUUCUGCUAAUAAUAUUGAUGACUUAACUGAAAUUGUUGGUCAUAUAAAAAGUAAAUAUCCAGACACAAUUUUAGGCGGAAUUGGUGUAUCUAUGGGUGGGCUUUUAUUGGGAAGUUUUUUAUCAUCUAAUGAACAAUAUGUUCAUAAAUAUUUCUCUGCUGCUAUGUUAAUCUCAGUUCCAUGGAAUUUAAUUGCAACCACACAAAAUAUAGAAAAACCAUUUUUAAAUCGUUUUCUUUGUUCAUACUUAGCAAAAUGUUUAUGUAACCUUGUUGAAAAUAGUAGCAAUAUGUUAAAUUCAUCAAGUCAUAAAUGGGAUUAUAAUCAAGUCAUAAAAAGUAAAACUAUAAGAGAAUUUGAUGCAAAUUAUACUAUCAAAUUAUUUGAACAUGAAUCUGUUGAUGAUUACUAUAAAAAAGCAUCACUCCAUGAUAAAUUGGAUCGUAUUAGAGUGCCUUGUUUGUGUUUGAAUGCUGCUGAUGACCCAUUUUGUUUGGAAUCAGAUCUGCCUCUAGAGAGUGCUGACAGUAAUGAAAAUUUAGCAAUUUUGGUUACAGUUAAAGGUGGACAUAUUGGUUUUUUAGAAGGUAUAUGGCCAUUUAGUAAUAGCAAUGAAUUCAUGUUUCGUAUAAUCGAUCAAUAUUUUAGCUCAAUAUUUAAAAAUAAUAGUUAUAAAAAAUUUAAUAGUUAAAAUUGUUAUUUUUGUUAAUACAUUUAGCGUUAAUUAUAUUUUCU